CAGAAUUUCGCAAAAUUUCAAUAUUUGUUGGGUUAUGUUUGUUUGACAAUCUUAUAUUUUUUAACGAUUUAAAACAAUUACUGUACGAAAUGGGGAAAAAUAAAAAAGCCAAACUGAACGAAAAUGCUGAAAGUGACCAUAGUGGCAGUGAAGACAGUGAUCAAUCAAUGGAGGACGCAAAUCAAGAAGUGAAUGCAACAUUUGAAGGAAGGAACUUAGAGGAUUUCGAUUUUCACGGAAUAAGACAACUUCUACUACAAUCUUUUCUUAGGGCCCCUGUUGAUAUAUCACAAUUAACGGAUUUAUUAAUUAAUCAACAAGGCGUUGGCUCUGUGCUCAAACAAGCUCCAGAAGAUGAAGAUGAGGAAGAAUCCGAUGAUGACAUUAAUGAUGAUGUGUAUGGUUUAACAACAGUAUUGAAUUUAUCUGCUUAUCGAGAAACCCCAUGUGUUGUCCAAGUCAUUGAUUAUUUGAGAAAACAGGCUGAAAAGCAUGCAGACAAGGAGACACUGAACAUAUUCAAUGAAGUCUUGAACAGAAAUGAAAAGGUAGGACUCUUGAUCAAUGAAAGAUUCCUGAAUAUUCCAGCAGCCAUCGCUGUACCCAUGCUUUCUUCAGUGCAAGACGAGAUAAAUAGAAAAAAGAAAAAGAACCCAGAAUAUGAUUUCCAGAAGUUUAUAAUGAUAUGUAAAACUUAUAAAUAUAAAAAAGAAAAAGGUGAAUCAUCAUUUGCCAAUGACGAGGAGAUGAUAUUUUCAACAAAUGCUGAAUGUAGUUUCGAAUAUGAUGUAGCUAAAGAUUGUGAUAUUGCUGUAGGAGGAAAAUGGAAAAGUAACGACGCGGAAAUUUUACCACUAAGGAAAGUUUUACUGAUUUCAGCAAAUAAGUUACCAGAUAUUCUUGCACAGAUAAAUACAUUCGUUCAAACAUACCUCUUUGGUUUCUUUUUGUAUUUCCUCAGUUUUUCCUAUUAUUUUACCAGAUUAAUAAGAGAUAAUUAACGAUGAAAGAAAUUA